GGCAAGUCUCGUCUGAAAGGAGCUUCUAACGUCAAGCCGUCGUUUGCCUGGACACCGAGAGCGGCCGAAGUGCUGUUGCGGCUUCGCUACGAUACCAUGAGAGGUUGGUUUCAGGGAACGAGGAGCCCCAAGCAGCUUACUGCGGCAUGGAAAAUGCUUGCUGCCGAAACAUUCCGCCUCGGAGGGCUUGAAGUUGAUGCAGAGCAGUGCAAGUCAAAGGUG